GAAUGAUAUCAUUCUGUCAAAUUAUUCUAAACGACCAACUCACGCAAACAUUGUGCAAGUGGGCUUUUCUCGGUGCGUACAAUAAUAAACGAAAGAAGAACACCGUUUUUGAUUGGUAAGUGAAUCGUCAUACGUUUUCUGCCAGAGUUAGCGAGAACGCGUACCAUACCCCAAGAUGACCACCACCGCGCAAGGAUCGGGCUCGCUGGACAAUCUGCAUCUGGCACCGCUUCGUUCGCUAAGCGAUUUCCUGCUGGAAUCGGCCCGCUUUCAGCUUCCCAACUUCCAGGAUUGGGAAAAGUGGGGUAAACGGGUGGUGAACAAUUUGCUCUACUACCAAACCAACUAUUUCCUGAUGAGUGCCGCCGUAUUUCUGCUCGUUGGUGUGAUCCAUCCUAUGAAGGUUCUCCUUGGAUUAACGGUCAUUGUGGCUCUGGUGUACGUGUUUGUCCGAUUCUUCGCCCAGGAUGCACGGCGGUCGGUUGGAGCCGACCCUAACCAGCAGCCGAACAAAUGGGCCGUACUAGGUGGAACCAUUGCUGGCAGCUACUUGGUACUGUACCUGUUUGAUUCCGUGCUGAUUGUAGCAUUCGCCAUACUGCUUCCAUUCUCACUAACUUUCGUGCAUGCAUCGUUGCGGCUGAGAAAUAUUAAGAACAAAAUCACCAAUGCAGUGGAAAUCGUUGGCGUGAAACAGUCACCGAUGGGACAAUUUCUCGAAGCAAUGGGUUUGAUGCCAACGGCAUUUUAAGAAUACCAAUCUGGCAACUAGGCACAGCUGGUGUAGUGUGCUCUACGCGAAAAGAAGAUAAUUCUGCAGCUUAUCACUAUGAGUUGCGAGGGUUUAUUGGAGUGUGAUUUUGAUUUUUCACCUUUAAGAUUAAUGUUUGCAAAAGUCCAAUCAAGAAAACACUGAUUGAUCGAAAAGGAAAGGGCAAUCGUUGCUAUGCGUUACGGGCAGUACAAAAAACGAAAAGAUACCAUUGAUACGUCCCUUUGUAAAGCUGCUAGUCAAAAAUCCAGAAAGUGUAUCGAUCGAUAAUGUUUCUCUUUUGCUCUUAAAUAAAGUAAGAUAAACUAACACACCAACAAUCAGCAAUUAAAA